AGCUCUGACUUGCGAGAUUGGCGGCGCGUGUCCACGGCGAGGGAGGAGGCCGGUGAACUUUCGGGAUUCUUGGUGAACGGAAAACUUGGCCUGGGCACGUAGUCUUGGGCGAGGCCCUGAAUCAUCCCGUUGGAAGUGACGGUGGUGUCGCUGGGGCCGAAGACGGAGCAUGUGCAUGUGGAGCACAAUGUAUCGGGGACGAUUCUGAACGUAAAGGUGUGCGGUCCAUCCAGCCAGCGAUGGAGGCUCUGGUGCUGGUGGUGGACGUCGGCGCGUCGACCGGCGUGCAGCCGCCGGACGGCCGGCCCUCCUUCCUGGAGACGGCGCUGCGCUGCUGUGACCGCGUUGUGCAGCGCAAGCUCUUCUCCGCCCCGAAAGACCACGUGGCGCUGGUGUUGAUCGGCUCGGACGCCACGGACAAUGCGCUGGCUGACGGCGAUCAGUACCAGCACGUGAGCCUGGCGCGCCGGCUGGCGCCUGCUGACUGGCAGCUGGUACACCUGCUGCAGGACGAGCUGCACGCAUCGGCCGCGCAGGGCGACUGGCUGGACGGCCUGGUGGUGGCGCUGGACCACCUGGAGGCGUCCGGGCGCGUGCACAAGUACGCCGAGCGACGGCUGGUGCUUCUGACCGACUUUGCUGGUCCGCUGUGUGCCGACCAACUGGACGCGAUCGCGGCCGGCCUGCGCCGCCUGGAAGUCGACCUGACCGUCAUCGGAGUCGAGCUUUCAGACGCGGCCCCUGUCGACGCGGCCGGCGGCGGCGGCGACGAGCCACGCGCUGGGCCGUCCCGGCCGCCCGGCUCGCUCCGGCACGACGGCAAGCCCAAGACGCAGCGUCAGCUGGACGGAGAGGCGGUGGCGGCGCGGCUCAUCGACAGCCUCGACUGCGACUUCCACGCCUUCGAGCAGGCGCUGCCACAGCUGCUCUUCUUUCGGAAGCGGGCGACGCGCGCGGCGCCCUGGAACGCGCCACUGCAGAUCGGAGACAACCUCACCAUUCCCAUCACUGGCUACAGCCAGGUGCGCAAGGCAACGCCGCCGUCCUGGAAGAAGCUGACGGUGGACGAGCAGCCAGAGGCUGUGCGCCAGCGUAAGCUGUACGAGCUGCAGGACGACGAGCGCACCGUCGUCCCUGUAGAGGACACGCUGCGCGCCUUCAGCUACGGCACGACGCUGGUGCCGUUCUCGGCGGAUGACGAGAAGAGGCUCAAGUACAGCAGCGGCGCGCCCUGCUCGCUGCAGGUGCUCGGCUUCACGGCCGCUGCCAACGUACACCCGUACCAGUUUCUGGGCACCCAGACGGUCCAGAUCGUGGCACGCCGCGACGACGCGGCGGCUGAGACGGCGCUCUCGGCGCUCAUUCACGCCCUUCUGGAGACAGACAUGGUGGCCAUCACGCGGCGCACCUACCGCGCCGGCCUGAUGCCGCUGCUGGGCGCUCUGCUGCCGCUCAUCCACCACUCCUUCGAGUGCCUCGUUUUCGUGCAACUUCCGUUCUGCGAGGACGUGCGCGGCCCGCUGUUCGAGCCGCUGCCGGAGACGUUCGGCGACGGUCAGCUGGCAGCUGUCGACCAGCUGCUCGACGCCAUGGACCUGACGGCGCCGGCGGCGCGGCCUGUCGCCGAGCGGCUCGCGCCCGGCGCCUUGAUCGGCACCGUCAGCCCGGUCGACGACUUCGUGACGCUGCUGGGCCGCGACGACGUACAGUUCGACGAGCUGUGCGCGCAGAUGCAGCGCGUGAUCGCGAGCUUGGUGCGCGAGGUGAUGCUUCGGCCAAUGCUGCUGGACAAGACGCUGUCUGCUAUCGUCUGCCUGCGUCAGCACUGCUGCCGUAUCGCGCCGCUCGCCUACAACACGUGGCGACUCGGGCCGAUCACGGUGAGCGAGAGCGUCCACCCGGCCGGCACCGAUGAAGAGGCCGAGCAGUUCUACCGCAGCGUUCAGGCGGAACAGGCUGCGCCGGCCGACGUCGACAUGGCGGAGGAUCUACUGGAUGACCUGUGA